AUGGCCGAUGACACCGGUGUUGCUGAGGAUACCUCCAUUACCUUCACCGUCAAGUCCUCCACCGAUGCCAAGUUCACCCUGAGCCUUCCUGUCUCCACGCCGGUCUCGGAACUGAAGCAGAAGCUAUCGAGCUCUGAUUAUGCCGAUACCCCCGCCGAACGCCAGCGUCUGAUCUACUCCGGUCGUGUUCUGAAAGACAAUGAGACGCUAGAGAGCUACAAGAUCAAGGAUGGUCACACCAUCCACUUAGUUAAAAGUGCCGCAAGCAACCAGCAGCGCCCGAACCCGACUGGCCAAUCCAGCUCAACAACGGCACCUGCUGGCACCACCCCGAAUCAACCCGCGGCUGGUGUCCCCACCAACCUCGCUGCUGGCACUGGCAACAACCCUUUGGCUGGUCUUACUGGUGCACGAUAUGCUGGGUUUGCCCAGCUUCCUGGGGCAGGUCUCUUCGGCCCAGAUGGUGGGAUGGGCCCUCCUCCGGACUCUGACCAAAUGUUGAACAUGCUUGAGAACCCCCAAUUCCAGUCACAGAUCAACGAGGCUCUGCAGAACCCCGCGAUGAUCGAUAUGAUGAUCCAACAAAACCCCAUGCUCCGUGAUAUGGGACCUAUGGCGCGAUCGAUGUUGGAAAGCCCGGAGUUCCGCCGGAUGCUGACUGAUCCCAAUCACAUUCGCCAGAUGAUGCAAAUGCAACGAGCGAUGGGUGGUAUGGGUGGUGGUAUGGGCGGCGAGGCUUCCUUUCCCGCUCCAGGCUUGACCAACACCACCGCUCAAGACGGUCAGAACAAUCCGCAGCAAAACCCUCCUCCCAAUCCGUUUGCUCAAAUGGGGCAGAAUCCCCUUGGAAACCCAUUCGCACAGCUCUUUGGGGGUGCCAAUCCUUUUGGCAAUCCCGCUGCAGCUGGUAACACCCAGCCCACUGGCACGCAAGGUGGCCAGGGCACUACAGAGCGGUCUGCUGCUGGAGAGGGACAGACUCCCGAGGCUGGUCAGGCUCAAGCCCAGGCUCAAAAUCCCUUUGCAUCAAUGCUCAACCCGGCUCUAUUUGGCAAUGGUGGUGGUCAGGGCAUCAACCCUUUCAAUCCUCAGCAAAACCCGUUCCUGCGUGACCCUGCACUGAUGCAACAGAUGAUGCAGGCGAUGGGUGGACAAGGUGGACAAGGUGGAGAAGGAGGCGCGGCUGGUACAAAUCCACUGGCAGCUUUGCUCGGAGGUGGUGGCUACGGUGGUGGCUUCGGCGCCCCACAGCCACCGGACAACCGACCCCCGGAGGAACGCUACGCUGAUCAGCUCCGCCAGUUGAACGAUAUGGGCUUCUUUGAGUUUGAGCGAAACAUUGAAGCUCUGCGUCGCACCGGCGGUAGUGUUCAAGGAGCUGUUGAGUAUCUGCUGAGCGACCUGUCAUGA